AUGGCCAUUGGCAUUCGACUAACGACGGAUUUGAAGUUAUGCCUUGCUCACUAUUGUGACAUCCAUGGGCCAACCCCAUUGAUGGUCACCGAAGGACUACGAAGUCCUUGUUCUGUGUGUUUUGAAGAAGCAGAUGCCACAAGUGGUGCAACAUGCAAAACAAAAGCCGAGAGUCGAACACGGUCAGGCGGCCCGACAUCAGCUCCGCAAUCGCACCCAGCUCUUGCCUUGAACGAUGCUCUGCAUGAUCUAAAUAUUGGGCGCAGCGGCUCCGCGCCAGUCUCGGAACAAGAUGCUCACUCCCAACGCGCUGCUCUGCGGCGGUCUACGGCAGCGGCUGGUAUUGCAAACUCGACGCCCAAUUCUUCGGCUCUCGAGACGCCACCAGAAAGCCCACGUCCAGCGUUCCAGCAACCACGUCGGGACUCGAGCUUUCGGCGAACCUACGACGACACCGUUACCAAGAAGCAGGUGCCUUGCGACAACUGUGCUAUGACACUGCCAAGACGGCAAACGUCUGGCGCUGCAACGGAGGAUUAUGCAACCGGGGCACAUGGUCCUACUCUGCGAACCAAGGCUCCUGUAGAGAGGGUUUUCGGAGCUGCUGGACAGACCUCCCCACCCAACUCGCAGACUUCGAGUGACACGGAUGGCGAUCGCGAGACCAGCACGCGACGUGUACGAUCUCGGAAAAUAGCGUCGACAGCCAGCAGUUCCAGAAACACGUCAUGCUCCAGCACAUCGACUUCAUCAGAGCGAGCCCCGUAUCACUUCCACUACGUCAACUACACGUCCACGCACGAACCAAUCCUAGCCGACUCUUUCUCAUUAAUCCGUGCGUCGUGCCUGCGUGCCCUGUCAUUUGAGACGCUUCCACGACCGCCAUCGACGUCUACGCCUACCUCCUCACCACAGAUCAAUACAUCGCCAUCUUUCGUCACCACGCAAAGCCCGGGAUCUGCAGCAACUGGAGGGCCCAUAUUCUUCGGAGAUGCUCUGGCAGGUUACACCACAGCAUACAUAUUCCGUAUUCCGGAUGUGCAUGCCCGCGGGCACAAGCGAGUGUAUGCCUUUCUGGCUCUGAGUACACAUAAGGAGCGAUUGGCAAUGAAAACGUUUGCCAUGAUCUCGGCGGCUUUCAGGGAUUUGGCAAUCUGGAUUCAGCAGCUAGCUGAAGUCGAGGCAGAGCGAUCAGCAACCAACUCAUCUCCUAUUGGCAGUGUAAUGUAUACCGGUGGAGGCCAACCACAACCUCAACCUUCCGCGUUCGACCCUCCCACCGCAGUUGAUCGGUCUGGCAGCAGUUUUUUGACCGGUGGGAGUGCCUUUACAAGGCGUAUGGGCGGUGGGCCUGGAGCUUCUUCAUUGAAGGCGCGUGGGCUCGCCGAGCUGGUUGGACAACCUGAUUUCUUCAUUGAGCUUCAUGGAAAGUUUGUCCAACUCCUUUUCGAAGUUGGCGUUGCUUUGAAUUCCUGA